AUGGAGAAGAUGAUGAAUAUGAUAAAGCCAAAGCCAAAUCCACAGCAGCAAUUGAGAGAUUGGCAGCGUAAACUUCGCCAAGAGUGCCGCAACAUCGAACGCCAAAUUCGAGAUAUACAAAGGGAAGAGAAGAGUGUGCAAAAAGCAAUUAAAGAUGCUGCCAAGAGAAACGACAUGGGUUCUGCAAAGUCACUUGCUAAAGAAAUUGUGAGAUCUAGAAGGACUGUGAACCGUCUUCAUGAAAAUAAGGCACAACUGAAUUCGAUAUCGAUGCACCUUGGGGAGAGUGUUGCUAUUGCCCGUACCGUGGGGCAUUUAUCCAAGAGUUCUGAGGUUAUGAAGCUUGUCAAUAACCUUAUGAAGGCUCCAGAAGUGGCUGUGACAAUGCAAGAAUUUAGCAAGGAGAUGACCAAGGCAGGGGUAAUUGAAGAGAUGGUGAAUGAUAGUCUUGACACAGCACUAGACUCGGAGGAUAUAGAAGACGAGAUAGAAGAAGAGGUUGAUAAGGUUUUGACUUCUAUAGCUGGUGAGACUGCUGCAGAGCUUCCGGAAGCAGUCAGGAAGGAGAGGUUGAAGCAACCUGCUACUGCACAAGCUGCACAGGAGGAAGAAGCAAUAGCUGAGGGUGCUGAUGAUGAGGAAGAGUUGGAAGAAAUAAGGGCCCGACUUGCAAAAGUUAGGUCAUAA